CAUUUUGCAGUUUAUCGGCUGGCAUUAGAUGCCGGCCUGCGCUUUCCCCUUCACCCUUUCAUCAGCCAACUUCUCCAGUAUUACGGCAUAGGACAUAACCAGCUUGCCCCUAACUCUUGGCAAAACAUUCUUACCUUUCUGGCCGUCUGCAAUUUAAAGGGAAAGGACCCUUCUCUGGCCGCUUUCACCCAUAUUCACUACGUCGCCAAGGUCCCUAGGACCAUUGAAGGAAGCUGGCUGAGCGUGUGCAACCGUCAAGGAUUCUUGACGUCUUGGGAUAAGACUUCCAAGAUGCACUCAUGGAAGGGCGAGUUCCUAUUUGUCCAGGCGCCCAGUAAAGCGGUGGCAAACCGUCUUCGGUAUUUUAGCCGGACAACCACAAAUACUGGACGGAUGGCCUCAUACUUGGAACUGGAGAGUAACUCUGCCGAAGAGAUGGUGGAGUACUUCCGGGUUUCGGAGUAUACUAUGGAAGAUGUUUCUUUCAAAGGUCCGUCCAAUUGGAUUCCUUUUAAGGAAAUGUUUUAUCAUGACAACUUCCUGGUCGCUGCCGGCUUAAGGCAGGACGAGGACAGAGGUAUAUCAACUGAGAAUCUUCCAAGUACAAAUUUCUAGACUUAAUUAUCAUUCGUCCAACAUUUGUUUCUCUCUUUCAGAUUCAGCCAGGAGCAAGCUCAGGAAGUCUUGGAUAGGAGAUAUGAGCUCAUCCAGAUUCGCGACACUCUAUGGAAGGAGUACAGCAAGUCAGGUGCCGAAAAGAGGGCCGACACCUUGGUGAGCUUUGUAUAUGUAUUCAUAUUUUUGUUUGUUUUUUUUUUUUUUUUUUUUUUUUUUUUAGCGGCCGCGUCUGCUACUUUGGAGGGUAACCCGUCAAGAUGGUGCCUGGACGACUUGUCUACCCAUGGGGCAAUUCGUCCAGAGAAACACAGGACGAGCUAACUUCCCAAGAAGCAACUCGGCUAGGUUGAAUUCUUGACGGCUUGCCUCUUAGGAGGACAGUCCGUCUGGAGUAGCAUAGGACGAGUUACUCAUCUGAACAGCAACCCGUCCUGGUUGAUAUCUUGACGGUUUGCCUCUUCGAGGGGCAGUCCGUCUAGAAUAGUGUUGGACGAGUUGCUUAUUUGAGGAUCAAUUCGUCCUGAUUGAUAUCUUGACGAGCAUUCCACUUCUUUUUCAGAAAAAUGCCCCAACUUCAAAAGCUCUGGCCGAGAAAGCCGCUGCAAAGAAACGGCCAGCAGGCACCAGUGAAGCCCCUCCCUCAAAAAAGGCAAAGGGUUUUACUGCUAAGAGGAAGAAGACCACUCGGCCGGUUCCCAAGGUCGUGAUCGACCUUCCGGCCAAGGAGGAGACCAAAGAGGAGCCAGCUGAAGUUGACUCUCGAGCCCUGGUGGCCUAUACUGGUCCGGCUGAGCAACCCGAUUCUUCGCAACCUGACGAGGUUGUCAUUCUGGACGACGCUGAACAAUCUUCCAAGCCGGACGCGGCUGUGGACGGAUCCGCCUUUUCUGGGCCAGUGGCCCAACUGGUAGGCCAGAUGCCGGCCGCUUAUAGAACGGCUUCCCGUUCUUCUGGUGAGUCCUACUAUUCCAACGUAGUUAGAACACUACGGGUUGGCGGGCGUCCGAUGAGUCCGUCCAACAAACAGACCGUGGUUAUUCCCAUCAGGUGUACUGACGAGUCUAACCUUUCAGAUAAAGGGAAGGGUCCUGCUGUUGUCGGCUCCCCUAGCCUCUCUGACGAUGAAUCUUCUCCAGCCUUUGGAAAGAUGUCGUCGUCUGAUCGUGAGAAGCUCAAGACGGAGCUGUUCAAGUGCUUUCCCGAAACUUAUAUCAAGGGGUUAAGGGGAGCAUCGUCUGGGCAUGUAGGCUACAUGUCUCAGCUUGCUGCCGAGCUUUUUGCUCGCAGCAUGAUAACAGAAGACUGGGCGAAGGAGCUCAGAAAAGAGAAUAAAAAGCUCGUCCAUGAUGUAACUGCGGCCGCCGACCAUGCUCAGUUCGUCAUUUCCGAGCAAGAGGUGUUGCACCAGCAAACCAAAGUUGCUUUGGAAAAAAGGUCGGCUGAGCUGGAAUCUCAGAUCAAAGUCUAUCUUACUUCGGUUGACGGAGAUGAUAGACGAACGGGCUUCGUUGGAACGUGUUCUGACGGACGAGAGGAAUUCAGCCAUGACUAUGGCUGCCGAUUUCUUCAAGGAAAACCUCGUCCUGAAGGUCAAAAACCAAGCCCUUCGAACUGA